UUGUGUAUCCAUGGUAGUUACAUCAACGAGAGCGUGAACUUUCGCGUUUACAAUACAAUCACAACAAUGAUGCAGUCAGAAAGAGACCCCUAUCCCUUUCCAAGAUUACAAAAUGAUGAGAAUUUCUAUGGACCAAGCUCUACAGAGCAAAAGGCAUAUGAUGUUCCAGUCCACCUGGCUCAGAAUGAGGAUCCAUGGAACAGACUAAAUGGCACCUGCACUCUGGCUUCGUCUCGGAGAGAAAUUUACCACAUGGAUCCCAAGGCACCUCGAGACAGUCUAGAUUUUGUCCUUAAGUCGAAAUAUAACCAUCAUGAGGAAUUCCUUAGAGCAAAAAAUGAAACCCUCAUCCAACCCGAAACUGCCGGUGAAGACACUGGACGAGUUCUAAAGAACCGAGAGGUUGAAGUUAUUGUGCCAAAGCCUUACCUGAAUCAUCCUCUUAUAGUUAUAGAGCAGAAAAAGAAAGAUAGCAUCCAUUCUAUUGAAAAUGCAAUUGAGGGUCACCAUACACAAACAACAAACCGAGGUUACACUCGAAAACCUGACGGGGGAUUCUUCUCGUCUUAGACUUAUAAUAAUGACAUACAAGAAUUAAACCACAUCAUUAAAAAAAAUGCUAAAAGACAGAUUGACAGAAUUACGAUGACUAGGGGGACGAUUUCUUAUCUGAAGUUAACAACUAUUACAUAUGUAACCAACAACAAAGUAAACUACAUGUAUAUUUGGAAUGUGAUGACAUAAUGUACAUUUCCGUUUCGAAUUAUAACCAGUUCUAGGUCAUUUUACACCAGAAAGCAGUAUAUUUUAAAUUAUUACUACAUAUUUUAGAUAUAAAAGUGCUGCAUAAUACAGACAGAACUUGAACACAAAACAAAAUCCAUGCGUAUACAUGUACAGGCUUUAUUCUUUCUAUCUAUCCUCUUCUUUUUAAGCUUAUUUCUUCUUUCUAUCCUAUCCUCUUUCUCUAUAGAGAGUCCCCAUUGUGCUGGUACAAACGGCGGGUACUCCCGGAAACACGACGGUGGAUUCUACUGCACUUAAUUUGCGGCUGUCUCUACAUAAUUAACGGCUGUCUCUACAUAAUUAACGGCUGUCUAUACAUAAUUAACUGCUGAGUCUCAUAAGAAACUGCUAAUCUUUAUAUAUUAAUUCUCUCCAAAGAAAUUUAAUUUUUUACCAGAUUUAGAGCGAUUGUAUACCAACCUAAUGUGUAAAAAAACUGAAAACAUAUCUUUAUAAUUAAUAUUGUUGCAUGUACAUUUUGGAUAUACACCUAGUAUAUUUGGAGAAAUAUAUUUACAAAGAGAAUUAUGUAUUUUAGAAAAAAUAGUUUUUACCUGUAAAUAAUAUGUAUUAAUAUUUUUCAGUUGGAAAUUUUAUAUAUACAAGUGUUUUUUUUUAAUCACUCAUUCUUGAACUGUCGUAUUCACAUUUCUCUUUAUUUAUUAUACUGCAUUGACAA